UAUUGUUGCAUUACGGACGCACAAGAAAACAAUGGCAUUACUUCUAAACAACGCGCUACAAAUUCUCCUCUUGGCACUCUGUGCCUCAAUCACGUUAACGGUGUACGCAACACCACAAGGACGCAUUGUUGGCGGUGAGACGGUGGACAUUGCUAGCGCACCGCAUUUAGUAUCCAUACGUUACAAACGCAAUGCGUCGACACCCUUCAGUCACCGUUGUUCCGGCACAAUAUAUUCGGAGGAUAUCGUGUUGACUACCGCGCGUUGCGUCAUCGGCUUGGAGCGUCAACAAUUACUUAUUGUAGCCGGCAGCAGUUAUCGUUCACAAAGUGAUGGUUAUGUUUAUCUCGUCAAAUCAAUUGCAAUACAUCCGGAUUUCGAUAUUUGGUUCAUCGAUAACGAUUUGGCCUUGUUGCGCUUGGAAUUUCCGCUCACCAGCCAAAACGUGAAAGUGAUCAACCCAAUCAAACUAGCCGAGCAAUUGCCCGCAGCUGGCAGCGCGGCAACAGUGGCUGGUUGGGGCGCAGCGGCCGAGUAUGCAGAGUUUGAGGAGCAAUUGCAAGAGGCCAAUGUGCGCAUAGUGGACACUGCGCAGUGCAAAGAAGCUUAUGGCGCCGGACGCAUUAGCGCGGCCAUGUUGUGCGCCGGUGGUGAAAGCGCAAAUGGCGUUGCCGUGGACGCGUGCCUGGGUGACGCGGGUAGCGCGCUUGUUUCGAACGGCACGGCUGUAGGUUUGGUAUCGUGGGGUAAUGGUUGUGGACGUGUGGGUUACCCAGGAGUUUAUACAAAUUUGGUGCAUUUCAAUGAGUGGAUUAGCAGCGAAGCGAUUGAGCCGUUGUAAUAGUAAAUAAUAAAAAAUAAUAUGUAUGUAAUUUCAACGCUGUUAUUAUGUUAGUUUUGACUUUUGCGAAAGAAAAUGAAUAACUAGUUUGCCAAUGGAAUAAAAUACUUAGAAACUACAAUAAA